AUGUACGAUAAAAUUGUUCUUUCCAUAGCGAUAUUCUUGGAAACUGUUUUUUUCUGUUAUGUCCCAAAAAUAGCACACAAAUUCCCCAAAAUCCAUAGCAAAUGGAUAAAUAUAGAAAACAUAAACAACGCAAUAAGCGGAGCGUUACUAUCGCUUUCAAUUACACAUUUGUUACCGGAGGUGUUUGAGACCGACGACCCUUCCUUCAAGAUAUUUGACUCGCUAGAUACCAGAGGAUUCAUAAUAUUCGCACCAAUUCUACUAUUGGUUCUGAUAGAUUUUCUUCCAGAUGAACACUGUUGUGAACAUAAAAAUGAAGAAGAAACAGAAAAUCCAACAAAUGAAGAAUUUUGCCUUGGUUGUCCAGACGAGGAAAAAUUAGAGAAGGGAGAUUCUCAGUGUUUCCACUCUGCCAACACUUCAGUAAAUUCUAGUAAUUCCAAAAAAUUAACGAAUGGCUCUUUUUUAUCCAAAGUUAAGCAUAUUUUGGGUUCUAGAGUGAUUUACCUAUUAAUUGCCUUUUACGGCCACUCAAUUCUUGAAGGUUCUCUAAUUGGGUCGGAGAGAGGAUCUAAUGCUUGGGCGAUUGGGUUUGGAAUAAUAGCACAUAAGUGGGCAGAAUCCUUGUUACUGUCAUCAAUACUGUCGGAUUCUUUCAAAUCAGAAGUUCUCAAAACGUUUUAUAUAGUUGCGUUUUCAUUCUGUGUUCCAUUAGGAGUUUUAAUUGGCUAUUACGCAGUCUCAGUUUCAAACAAAGUUUGUUAUUCUGUUUUCACAUCACUGGCUGUUGGAUUCUUUAUAUACCUGUCGUUUGAACUGUUUACUGGAAAUAAAGGCCAAAAAUCAUCAUCUAGAGCUAUACUGUGGUCAUUUUUCAUAUUCGGAGCCACAGUUAUGUCUAUCGUACUAGCAACAUCAAAAGUUCUCGAAACCAAAAUUCAACAAUAA